AAUAAACUUUGCAGAAGCACCGGCUAGGCGAUAGUAAUAAAAGAUAAAGUAUGGGCGAUGUUGGCGCGCGAACAGCAACAGGCGAUCGUGAUCGCUCAGUAGAUACAGAAUCGCCGGUGGAGUCGACCGCCCGAACGCGGCCUAUUCGCGAACAACUUCAAAUAAAUACUUACAAAGCUUGCUUUGAUAACCGUUGUUGUACUACCGGAUAACAUUCAUCAACAAACAAAAAUGAUACGAUUAUUGCCCAAACACGAACUGCAGAAGAGAUGACUCAACCGUGAGAAAUAGUAUCAUAGAGCGAUCAUCAUUCAAAUGUAGCGUUAAGUGAUGAACAAUACGUAACAAUGUUAGCCGACGACACUCGGUACAGCAAUGACACUUCAUAUAGAAGCGAGUUUUCUAACUACAUUUAUGAACCGAGUUUGUUGUCGCUUCUUAAUGGUAAAAACCGGUCAAGUUUUAAGGAUGUGCUCAUCGCCCUGGAAGACUGGAGGAGUAGGAACAACAUCUCCGUCAGGGUUGGCAGCGAGUGCUCCGCACUGGAUUACUGCUCGGGGGAGUUUCGAGAUAUUAUUCUUGCUUACAACAGUAUACAUGGAUACGUUAGCCUGUUGGUAUGCCUGUUUGGUAGCCUGGCAAACGCCCUGAAUGUGGCGGUGUUGACGCGGCGCGACCUGGCCGCGGCGCCCAUCAACCGGCUGCUCAAGUGGCUGGCCGUGGCUGACGUGUUCGUCAUGCUGGAGUACGUGCCUUUCGCAGUCUACAGGUACCUGAUCCUACCGGCACAAGAGGAGAGGCCGUACUCGUGGGCAGUGUACAUGCUGUUCCACAUGCAUUUCACGCAGAUCUUGCACACUGCGUCCAUACUUCUCACGCUGUCCCUUGCUGUCUGGCGAUAUAUAGCUAUCAAGUACCCUUCAUACAGCCCAAUGCUGUGCACUGAUCGUCGUUGCUCCAUGGCGAUUCUUAUUAGCUUCGUCUUGCCACCGAUUCUUUGUAUUCCUUCAUAUUUUGUGUUCACAAUACACAAGGACUUCACGAUAGACGGGAGCUCGGGUGCCGCCAUGAAAGUUUACUUCGUAGAUUCAGAUUUCGAUGGCAGUCUUUACCAAAUAAACUUCUGGGUCCACGCGGUUUUUAUAAAACUUUUACCCUGCGUGAUCCUCACUGUUAUAAGCGCGUGGCUCAUUCGGGCUUUGUAUCGCGCAAAUACCAGGAAAAAGGCCCUCAAAAGCUACAACGCGUGUCCGUCGGAUACGACCGUCAAUGGCAACGGAAACAUUUUCACAAGAAAAUCGACAAAGCGCUCAAAAGCCGAGCGGCGAACGGACCGGACCACUAAAAUGCUGCUCGCUGUUCUCCUACUAUUUCUAAUCACCGAGUUUCCGCAGGGAAUUCUGGGUCUGCUGAGCGGUGUGCUGGGGCGCUGCUUCUUCAAGCGCUGCUACGACCUGUUUGGGGAGCUGAUGGACGCGCUGGCGCUGCUGAAUGGCGCCAUCAACUUCGUACUGUACUGCUCGAUGUCGCGCCAGUUCCGCACCAGCUUCGGACAGAUAGUGCGCGCGCGCUGCGCGCCCACACCACGUGCCGCGUCUCACACCGAACUCCAGACUACUUUCGUUUGAAUUUAGAGUCAAGGAAUCAAUGGAUGACUUUUAGCUCGAGCUCUGUAAAACGUACGCAUAAUUAAUGGAACUGCUUUUUGUAUUAGUUGGACCGGAUUUAUGUUUAUUACGAUAAAAAUAUCCGGAAGACAAUUUGAACUUGAAAUAUGAUAUCAAUUUGAUCUUAUUAUCAUUUGUCCGUGAAUAUCGGUCUUACUUAUGAUUAUUAUAUUUUCCUAUUGGCGAGUGAGAUGCUCUGCAAGUUAACUCACAUUCAAUGACCAAGUAUCAAUUUUUUUCGUGAUGUUGAAUGUCUACCUUUUAAGGAUAACUUACUAUACCCAUUCUUAACUUUCGAUGCAGAUAGGAAGCCAUUGCGUGCGAUGGAGAUAGGAAGAAGCGGGUCAAUGAACCAAAUUAUUCGUGAUUAACGUCCGUACUUUAGAGGAUAGAAUCACGGGAACUCUUAUUAGAAAUAUUAUAGCGAUGGCGAUUUUGGUACUUUUGUGGCUACUCGUAGGUACCUACAUUUUAACUCUCUCGGAAAGCGUCAUUUGGUAAUGUGGAACUGCUGAUGAAGACUACAAAAUGACAGCAUAAGUACUAUUUUAGUGAAGUCGGUUAUUUUUUGUUGGAGUUUAUUAUUUCGGAUGACUGACACUGAGACAGAAUAUGUUAUGUCGUGGCCAGAUCAUAGAAUUGAUCAUUUCAUGAUGUGGCAAUCAUGAAAUGAAUUGAUUGGUUGGUUAAACCUAACCUAACUAUAUCAUAAAGUGAUCAAUUCUAAGAUGGCAUAUCAUGAAAUGGACAAAAUCUAUGAUCUGGUCACGACAUAAUUAUGUACAACUUACUGUUAUUAUGAAAGGUAAAAUAAUUAUUUUACGUUUGUACAGCGCCGAUACUUCGUAUUUUGUGCUCCAUAUGAAUUCAGUAAUCACUGCACGCCCGAUCUUAUAAAAACGGAAUACUAAUUACUAUAAUUGGAUGAAGUUCUCUUCUGUGUAAACAUUUAAAAUAUGUUUGUGUCACCUCUGGAGUCACUGAAAAUUUGUAUGCAGAGGCUGUCGGGUACCUUUGCAGGCGAUUGUAUAUACCUUUCUAGGCCUUUACCCGCCUUUACUAAACCCCGCGUGACAUCCCUAAGUUUAACGUAGCGUAGAAAUAUUCUUGCCGUAAAUCCUUUGAGAUUAAAGCAGGGUCGACAUGAAAAUUUGCAUCCCGGACAAUGUUUGCUUUAUGGAAUCAUUUGUUACCUACUCAGAGACCACGUAAAUUCGGCUUGUUAAAUAGACCAUAGUCGUAUGUCGUUGGGAUAAAGCGUGUUAUUGUUUAAGAGCCUCUUUAAUUGUGGUUGUUCUGUAAGCCGCUCAUUGUUCUCAAAUUAUGUAAAUAGGAGUAAUUUAGAGUAAUGUGUACAAUAUGUUGUUAAUGGAAUGUAUAUACACAUUCUUCGCAGAAUGAUAUCGGAUUUGUCUGGAGUCUCGUUAAUUAAUGACCUAUCUUAGCGCAAAAAUAACCCCUUAAAGGAAACUGGCUAAACAUCACAAACGAAAUCAUCCAGUAGUUAACUAUAAUAUUGUCUAAUUAAAAUAUAUUUAUAUGUGCCCAUAGGUAGACGUCCACAGGGCCUUAUAGAAUAUUUUGUAUAGAAAGUAACACAAGUGCAUCCGCUAAUCCACACGCAUCGGACGCAUCGCACACAACGGAUUUUAGUAUUCUUAGCAUAGAAAGUCAGACAUAGCAAGUGCGUCCACUGAUCCGUUGCGUCCGAUGCGGCCCUGUGGACGUCUACCUCAUGACGGCGGUGAAAUUAAUUUCCCUAUUAUUUUCAACGGAUCUGGAGGACAGAGUUAAUAAUUAGUUACUGUUGUAAUCAUUAGGCGGGUCCAAACAGAGCCAGCAUAUGCGCGACCCGAUUUCCUUACCCGAGCGCGCCGGUUCGGGCGAGGCACGUCUUUCUACUCUGGCCGCUUUGUGCGCGAGGGAAUUGGCUCGCGCGUAUGCUCGAUCUGUGUGGACCCAUCAAUUUAUUUAUGGAAUAUUUUGUUAUCUGAUGAUGAUACCAUUUUGUUUAUUAGUAAUGUAUGUGUAGAUACAUAGUGAUGUGUGUGUAGAUACACAACUAUUAGUAAAACUUGAUUCGGAUGGGUAAUGGAAAACCUUAUGACAUAUUUAUAGUACCUAAUAUGUUUUUAUAUUUUGUUUUCAGUGAUAAUUAGCUUUUAUUUUUUGAUCUUUAGUAACUAAACGUGGCAUGUGAUACGUUUUUAAAAUAAACUUUAAAUGUA